AUGGAAGUGCUGGAAACUAGGCAUUCUCAAAGCAUAUCGGUGCUUACGGGACUCCAUCUCGUGAGUCGCCACUGGCACCAGCGGGCCGGCAGGGCGGCCACAGUGCUGCAGCCAAGCGUUCCCCGUGUGCUUGAUGAUGUCGGUCCAAUGUCCAAAGUGCCUGAAGCCUGUGCCUCUACAUUUCCCACUGUAAAAGAGCUCAUACUGCAUGAGCACCUUCGUGUGCAGGACUCUCAUCUGAAACUGUCGGACGGUUUCUGCAACCUUGUCAGUUUGAAUCUUUUGGACUCCAGAUUGAUCUAUGGAGAAGGUGCUGUCUUGCUGGGUCGACUUACCCACCUCACCAAAUUGAGCCUGGGCGGUGUCACAAGUGUUGGCCCCACACUUGUGUCCACAAGAUGUUUGAUGGACGUCGCAGGCUUGACGGAUCUGUCAUUGCGUGGCUGGCGCAUGUGCGAUGUGUGUUUCAAAUGCCUGGGAGCAUUGACGACAUUCAUUAGUAUGGAUAUGUUGGGGUUGCCAUUGCGAACGCAAAGCAGAUGCUGGGGCAAAAUCUUUGACAAGUCUCUCUGCUUGUCACUUUACUUGAUGCCUUCAAGUAAGUGA